AAAAAAAAUAAUAUCUAUUUUUGUUGAUCCAAAACGCAGCGUUUUGAAUCUUCUUCUCCAAAACCCUCAAAAAUCCUGGGAACCACUCUUUGGUUUUCUUCGGUUCUGAUUCUCAAUCCCUACUCUUUUCUCCAUACAAAGAUUCACUGUUUCAUUAUUAUUAUCAUCAUCACUGUUUUAAGGGUUUUCUUAAAAUUCUUUGCUUUUCAACUCUUCAGAACAUUUAUCCCUUCAAUUUAUCUAUUUUCAGUUUUUUUUUAAUAUAAAAAUAUAUUUUUUAUUGCUUCAACUUUUUGUCAUCACCUUCAAUUCAAGCUAUAAUCUUUUUUGUUCCUUUCUUAUAAUUAUAUAUUUAUAUAUUGUUGGCCUUGUUUGUUUCAAUUUGUUCUGUUUAAACUUUAAUGGAAUCAUAAGCCCUAUCAAUGGACUGUUGGAUUUCAUAGCAGCAAAAUGCUCUCCUCAUUAAGGGACUUUUGGAGAAGACAUAAGAAGAAGGUUUUUGUUUCAGCCGGGGUUUUAGGAAGUGGGUAUGUUUUGUAUAAGCUAUAUAAUGCUCAUAGACAAAGGCUUGAUGAUCUGGAAAGAGAACUUGCCAAUGAAAGGAAAAGAGUUGAUGAAUUUGUCAAAGACCAAUUGCAAUCUCAUUUUGAGAACAUCCAGAGAAUAGCUGAUACGACUACAUUACCACACGCGAUACAAUUUCUAAGCAGUCGAAUAGAAGAAGAGUUGCGGCUUUCUCACCUUACUGAUAGGCUAAUGCAAGGGAAGGGUCAGCCAAAUAAUUUGACAUCUUCAGAGAAACUUGAGUUAUGGGAUAAACUUAAAUAUUUGAGCUUCACAAGAAUGGUGCUCUCAUUAUGGACAAUGACAUUAUUAAGCUUAUAUAUCAGAGUUCAGGUCAAUAUAUUGGGGAGACAUUUGUAUAUUGAUACUGCUCGUCAUAUCGGAAGUAUCCAUUCUCUUGAUGAUGGUGAUCUCAUUGACAGGGAUGACCAACAGAAGUUUCUGGCUUGUGCUGAUUUUCUUUCUACUAAUGGCCUAUCUGCAUUGAUUUCAAAUAUGCAGGCAGCAGUAACAGAUGUUAUCAAAGGAAAACAGUUGCGGGAUUUCUUCGACACGACAGUUCUUCACGAAACUAUUGUGCAAAUACUUGACACCUUCAAGAGCAUAAGAAGUCCCCAUCUUUGGGUGGAUUUCUUAAUGCCUGACGAUGCUCAUGUACGAGAGCUUGAUGCAUCCUCCAGCAGUGACGAAGCGGGUAUCUCGGAUUUUACCAAAUUUGACCUUCUUAUGUUAGAGACAAGAGCGGUGAUAUCGAGUGCCAAAUUCACAAAUGUUGCUGAAGUUGCACUUAAAUCAGUGGUGAAUGAAUUGAUCAAAGAGAUAGGAAUUCAAUGUGGAGAAGACAAUCUAUCAACCGGGAUGCCACUCGCUAGGUUAUUGGCGCGUGUCACUCACGUGGGUCCGAUUCUACUCGAUGAACCGAGCAAAAACAAGUUCAUUGAAGCCAUUAAAAAUGAACCAGAAGUGGAAAUGUUAUUCACUGCCCUCUACUCAAAUGCAGAUGUAUUAGAUUAGCAAAGUGAGCUUGUGAUUUUUUCUUUUCUUUUAAUUUCAAUUUACAAUGUGUAUUUUUAUAAGAAAGUCAUCUAUGUAAAGAAUAGAAUGUGAUUCACCUUAGUUUGGUAUUUUCAAAAAAUUAUUCCAAAUUAUAAGUGACAAAAUAGAGUCAUAGGACUAUAUAGCAUUGUAAUUUAUCUUUGUACCUUUUAUCUUCAUUUUUUUUUCUUUCUUUUUCUCUUGCAAACAUUUGUAUUGAUGUUUGAUGAGGUAAUAAUUUAUUUAGGACUUACAUCU